AACAUCUCAUCCUUCCUCCGUCUUCGAAGCCAAAACUUUAAGCCUCCCACCUGUUUACGUGCCACCAGACUUACACCGUUGGCAUCGAAGCUUCACGCCAGUCAUCGGCCUUGCGGAUCCCUAUAAUCGGCGUGUCGGAAUCACAAAAUAUUUAUCUUCCCUGCAAUGCUGAGGAAUCGAUGCCGACUCCCCGUCAAACAUGAGGGUGCGCUCUCCUCCAUCAAGCAAUGUCGAUGACGCACGAAGCAUGUCUCUCCCCAAUCUCGGCUCAGGGAUGCACCCAACAAAUAAGGUACGGUCAGCUCGAACCGGACGAGACAAUGCGCAGCCUGCCGGGUUACGAGCAGAUCCCCCACACGUUAAACCCACCAGGAUCGUUCGGCUCCCCUCCACCGUAGCGAAGCCGUAGUCAAACACUGGAAUAAAGUGCAGAUCGGCAUGCGUUCCGACUGCCGUUUGGUCAGCAAAGCCAAUCAAGACCGCAGAGACGCUUCACCGGACGGAUUGCGCCAUUCGAGCUGAGUGCGACGUGGGAGCUGCCGCCGUCUGAAUGCCUUGAGCCAUAGGUGACACCCAAAACCUACAAAGUGUGGCGACCGCGUUCUGUUCAUAUGGCUGGUCUCGGCUCUCCACAUUCAAGCCCUGAAACCUUCAAGACUCUUUGCUCAUUCGGAAGGACGUCAAGAUUGCCUCAGACAGAUUGACUUUCGCGUGGUUUUGCAGUCUCUCUCUUUCAAUAGGCAUAUAUUGAGUCGCUUCGAGAUGGGCACCGAUACAGAUCCCACGCGGAAGCUCGACACGGCGCAAAAGGUCGACUCGCAUUCUGGUGCAGCCCACGAUGGCAGCAUUGACAUCCACGGCAUUGACGAUGCUGCCAUCAUUCCCAAGGGUGCCCUAGACCCUGUCUACGAGGCUAAAGCCCGUGUACUGAAUCGCGCUAUUCAAGAUAUCGGUAUGGGCUGGUACCAGUGGCAGCUCUUCAUCGUCGUCGGAUUCGGAUGGGCAAGCGACAACCUUUGGCCAAUAGUCACGUCACUCAUCUUCACUCCGAUUACCAACGAAUUCGGUCCUUCUCGUCCGCCUCUACUUACGCUAUCGCAAAACAUCGGCCUUCUGGCAGGUGCCAUGUUCUGGGGCUUUGGCUGCGACUUGUUUGGGAGAAAAGUGGCUUUCAACCUGACCCUCGGUCUGACUGCUCUCUGGGGUAUGGCUGCUGCUGGUGCGCCCAGCUUCGCAGGCAUCGGCAUCUUCGCGGCCUUCUGGUCCUUCGGCGUCGGGGGCAACCUCCCUGUCGAUUCAGCCAUCUUUCUCGAGUUCCUCCCAGGAACCCAUCAAUACCUAUUGACAGUCCUUUCCAUCGACUGGGCCAUUGCCCAAGUCAUUGCGACUCUCAUCGCGUGGCCGCUUCUAGGCAACCUCACCUGCCAAGAAGGCGCGACUUGCACCAAAGCCAACAACAUGGGUUGGCGAUACUUCUUGAUCACCAUCGGCGGCCUAACUCUGAUCAUGUUCUUGAUUCGAUUCGUCCUCUUUACGAUCUACGAGUCGCCCAAAUAUCUCAUGGGCAAAGGCCGCGACGAAGAUGCCGUCCGAAUCGUUCACGAAGUUGCAAGGCGAAACGGGAAGCUCACGUCGUUGUCUAUAGAGGAUCUGAAGGCGUGCGAGCCCGAAGGAUACGUCGCGCACACCGAUGCUGCCACAGCGGUCAAACGAAACCUGGAGAAGCUCGAUCUUAGCCGUAUACGUGUGCUUUUCUCUACCCGACGCCUGGCUCUGAGUACUGGCACAAUCAUGGCCAUUUGGGCGUUGAUCGGCCUAGGAUAUCCUCUCUACAACGCCUUCAUACCGUAUAUUCAGGCCACCCGUGGAGCGGAACUGGGCGAUGGAAGCACCUACUUGACCUACCGUAACAGUCUGAUCAUCGCGGUGCUGGGCGUACCCGGAGCGCUGCUGGGUGGCUGGCUGGUUGAGCUGCCUGCGCUGGGGCGCAAAGGCACCCUUGCCAUCAGCACUGUUGCAACCGGAGUCUUCCUUUACUGUUCGACGACGGCUAUGACUAGCAAUGCGCUGCUUGGAUGGAAUUGCGCCUUUAACUUUUGCAGCAACGUCAUGUACGCGGUGCUCUACGGCUUUACCCCGGAGCUCUUCCCCACUCCGCAGCGCGGCACCGGCAACGCGCUCACGGCGACCUGCAACCGCAUCUUCGGGAUCAUGGCUCCCAUUGUCGCCAUGUUCGCUAAUUUAAAGACGUCGGCUCCCGUCUACACCAGCGGCGCGCUCUUCAUCGCAGCUGGACUUUUGGUGCUUAUAUUGCCGUUUGAGUCGCGCGGAAAGGCCGCUUUGUAA